GAUCAUUUUGAACGAAAAGACAAAGUUAUUGGACCUGUUGAGAAAUAAGUUUUUUGCCUUGGGUCAGCUAGCAAAUAUCGACUAUCUGCUUUCUGCAGACCUUCACUUAACACCACAACUCGCUGGAUUUUGGCGGUUCCCCCAUUUGUAGGGUAUAAUUUUAUUUGUUGCAGCUUUCAAACCCCUCUCCCUCACCACCGCCGCCCUCCUCCGCCGCCGCCGCCGUAGCUCAGACGCACAUGGAUGAAGAGAGAAUUGUUCUGGUUUUGGCAAAAACCUCAGAUUUAAAGUCCAAAAUCAUCAACUGUAUCCACAAGACUUCCAAUGCCGAUAACGAAGCUAACCAAACCGAUUCCAUGGAAUCGGAAGCAAAACCAGAUGCAGAAAUCGAAGAAGAUGACAACGAAGAAGAAACAGAGAGUCUCCUCGGUAUAAAAGAUGCUCUCGAAUCCCUUGAGGCCCAGCUCACUUCAUUGCAGGCACUGCAACAACAACAAUGGUACGAGAAAGAAUCAGCCUUGGCCGAAAUCGAGUACAGCCAAAAGAAGCUUCUCAAAGAGCUGAAGGAAUACAAAGGCAACGACUAUCAAGUCAUAAACGAGGCAAUUGCUUUCGCUAGCGAAACAGAGGAUAAUCACGAUCUCUUACUUCCACCGUAUCCAAGCCGCCCUUCUCACUCCCAAAACGGCUUUUUAACUCACAAAUUCGUUCAAAACGGCGGCUUAAAAACCGCGAAUGGUGGUGAUAAACCAGACAGAAAUAACAAGCCUCAACCAGGGUUAGAGGGCCCGUUCAAACGGGUUAAAGUCUUUAUGACUGCAGCAGCAAAGGCGGCUCUAACUGUAGUUGGGGUUAUCACUAUCUUGAGUUUGGCUGGCUUUGAGCCGAAGCUGAGAAAACGGGAUAAUCUGCCCAAGAUUCUUGAUUUAUUGAAGCUGCAAAAGAACGACGAGAAGGGAAGUUCGGUCGAUUGUCCACCUGGCAAGGUGCCUGUUUUCGAGAGCGGUGAAAUUCGGUGUGUUGUGAAGGAGAGAGUUGAGAUUCCGUUCGAGCCGGUUGUUGCUACUCCUGAUGUGAGUUAUGGGUGUGGAUUUAAUACUCCUCUUAAGUUAAAACACACACACACAAACACACACACUUCAAAUAUGAGCAUCUUGAAAAUCAAUAGUAGUAUUGGAUCUGUUACUGGCAAUGGAAUUGUUUCCAGGUUGGGAUUUCCAUGUCACCAGCCUGUGAGGUUAUCAUGGCUCAGAAGGGAUGCUUCGGAAUUUUGUCUUGUUUCGACAACUCCUCGGAUCUCAAGUUCAUGCAUGGGGAAAAGUAGGGAUCUAAAAGUGAGAGCUUUUACAGAAGAGCAGGAGGCUUUGGUUACAAAAUCAUGGAAUAUUAUGAAGAAGAAUGCUUCUGAGUUGGGACUCAAGUUUUUUCUCAGGAUCUUCGAGAUUGCACCGUCUGCAAAGAAGCUGUUUUCAUUCUUGAAUGAUUCAGAUAUUCCUUUGGAGCUUAAUCCAAAGCUCAAGCCCCAUGCCAUCACUGUUUUCGUCAUGACGUGUGAAUCGGCAGUGCAGCUUCGAAAAGCUGGGAAAGUUACUAUCAAAGACUCAACUCUCAGGGAUUUGGGCACUACACACUUCAAAUAUGGUGUUGCUGAUGAACACUUUGAGGUGACAAAAUAUGCAUUGCUAGAAACUAUAAAGGAAGCAGUGCCCGAAAUGUGGUCGCCGGAGAUGAAGUGCGCGUGGGCUGAUGCUUACGAUCAGUUGGUAGCUGCUAUCAAACUCGAAAUGAACCCUCCUUGAUUAUAUAUAUAUAUAAUUUGCAAAUUAUUGUAAUUUUAUUUUUAAUUAUCAAGACGAACAAUUUAUUUUGUUAUUUCGCCUCUUUCCAGUCCAUGUUUUUCUCGAUAAAUUACUAUGUUUAAUCGUACUUGAUUAUUUAUUUUCUCUAUUAUGAAAGUCAAGUUGUCGUG